AUGUCUGAUUACAAGGUAGAAACAAUUGAUACUAAACCAUUCCAAGAUCAAAAACCAGGGACUUCAGGUUUAAGAAAGAAGGUCACUAUUUUUAAACAAGAUCAUUAUACUGAAAAUUUCUUGCAAUCAAUAUUAGAUGCUAUACCUGAGGGCUCUACUGAUGCAACAUUAGUUGUAGGAGGUGAUGGUAGAUAUUAUAAUGAUCAUGUUAUUCAACUCAUUAUAGAAAUAGCAGCAGCGAAUAAAGUCAAAAAAAUUAUAGUUGGACAAAAUGGUAUAUUAUCUACUCCUGCUACUUCUCAUAUUAUAAGAAUUUUAAAAGCAACUGGUGGUAUUAUUUUAACUGCUAGUCAUAAUCCAGGUGGACCUAAAAAUGAUUUAGGAAUAAAAUAUAAUUUAGGAAAUGGAGGACCAGCUCCUGAAUCAGUUACUAAUAAAAUUUAUGAAAUUUCAAAAACUCUUAAGAGUUAUAAAAUUAUAAAUUUACCAAAAAUUGAUAUUUCGAAAAUUGGAGAACAAAAAAUUGGACCAAUUGAAGUUGAAGUAAUUGAUUCAACUAAAGAUUAUGUUGAAAUGUUAAAAAAUAUAUUUGAUUUUCCAUUAAUUAAAUCUUUCUUGGAUAAAGAAACUAAAAAUGGUUUCAAAGUAUUAUUUGAUGCAUUAAAUGGAGUAACUGGACCUUAUGGUUAUAAAAUUUUUAUUGAAGAAUUAGGAUUACCAGAAUCUUCUAUACAAAAUUUUAAACCUUUGGAAGAUUUUGGAGGAUUACAUCCUGAUCCAAAUUUAACAUAUGCUUCAACAUUAGUUGAAAGAGUAGAUAAAGAAAAUAUUGCAUUUGGUGCAGCAUCAGAUGGUGAUGGUGAUAGAAAUAUGAUAUAUGGAGCUGGAACAUUUGUUUCACCUGGUGAUUCAGUUGCUAUUAUUUCUGAAUAUGCAGAUUCUAUUCCAUAUUUUAAAAAGGGAAUAUAUGGAUUAGCUAGAUCAAUGCCAACUUCAGGAGCUAUUGAUUUAGUUGCAAAAGAUAAAAAAUUAGACUGUUAUGAAGUCCCCACUGGUUGGAAAUUUUUUUGUUCAUUAUUUGAUAAUGAUAAAUUAAGUAUUUGUGGUGAAGAAAGUUUUGGUACUGGUUCAAAUCACAUUAGAGAAAAAGAUGGUUUAUGGGCUAUAGUUGCAUGGUUAAAUGUUUUAGCUGAUUACAACAAGCAAAAUCCAAAUGAUAAAACAUCAAUUGAAAUUGUUCAAAAUUCAUUUUGGGAAAAAUAUGGUAGAACUUUUUUCACAAGAUAUGAUUAUGAAAAUGUAUCAAGUGAAGGAGCUAAUGAAUUAGUUGGAUUAUUACAAAAAAUAAUUGAUACUUCAAAACCAGGUGAAGAAUUAAAACCAGGUUAUAUUAUAAAAGAUUUAGGUAAUUUUUCAUAUACUGAUUUGGAUGGUUCUGUAUCAUCAAAUCAAGGUUUAUUUAUAAAAUUUGAAAAUGGUUUAAGAUUUAUUGUUAGAUUAUCUGGAACUGGUUCAUCAGGUGCAACAGUUAGAUUAUAUUUAGAAAAACAUUCAAAUGAUAAAUCAACUUAUCAAGUUAAUGUUGAUACAUAUUUGAAAAAAGAUAUUGACUUUGUUUUAGAUUUAUUAAAAUUUAAACAAUUUUUAGGUAAAGAGGAACCAGAUGUGAAGACAUAA